AAGUUACCAAAGGAUUUUUUUUUUAUCCGUGAGAAUCAAAGGGUGAAGGGAUUUACAACUCAGGCAUCCCUUGACUUACCAAAGGGGUUUGCUAUUUGAAGUAGUCAAACAAGCAUUUGAUUUUCUUGCCAUUCAUUGAAAGUGUUUGUUUUGUAGCCCAUUUUAACUUGCCUUUACCUUAAAGAACGGAAAGCUUAUUAGUGGGGGUUUCAGUACCGGGCCACUAUCAAUGAAGCAUAUCAAUUUGAGCAUCAACACAAAGUGUUUAUGUUUCUAGUUGUUUCAAUAUAUAUCCUCUCAUGUGAAAAAGUUGAUCAAGGGAUUCACACCAUGGGUGGUGUCUUCUACCAUGAAGAAGAGCCAAUAAACCAUACCAAGAGAUGCAAAUUCCUUGCAGGGACUUUGAAAGAAGUAUUUUCCCACUGUCAAACUUUAAGUUGUCGGAGGCUUUCAACUGCAAGCCUUGAGGAGGAGUGCCCCAUCAUUGAUGAUGUUGAUGAGGUGGUUGUUUCAGCGGUUAGAAGUCGAGUUAUGGAGAAACAAAAGCACAAGCCAAGCCCAUUGAGAGAAGGCUUUUCCAUGGCAUAUUCUCCUGCAACAAGGGAACUGUAUGUCACUCACAGUCACACAAUGGCACCACAAGCAAAGGUGGUAGUAGGUGAUGAAGAACACAACGAAAGAGAAGAGUUCUUUUCGGUUAAAAGUUGUCUCUCGUGCUGUUCUUCUUCGAGUGCUGUGAGUGACCAAGCAUUUUAUUCUGUGAAGACAAACCUGUCUAGAUGUUCAAGCAUGAAUGAGGUUGACAUCUCAGAAUGUUGGCGGCGUUCGAUAAUUCAAGAGUUUUGUCACUGCGAGGGAUGGCCUUUUGGUCUGUGCCGUAAAGCUGUGUUACUUCCACCACUGCCUAAGUCGCCGUCUGAGUCAUGGUUGUCACGCAAAAUACAACGAAGUACCAAAGUUACCUGAACUUGUUAAGCUUUUACUUGUUCAGUUUUUUUUUUUUUUUUUUUUUUUUUUCAUGUUUCAGUUAUCUCUUGACUUGUAAGAGAGCUUGGUCGAAGAUUGUUGAAUAAUGGAUGGGUCAAGCUUCAUAUAUAGACUACAGUUUCUUUCUUUUGUCUAAUACAAAUGCCUUCGCAUUCAUUGAUAAAUAUGCAUUUCAAUAAAUUAACGCGGCUGCUGCCAUUUAUCA